CGAAGCUCACCGCAUUCUGACUUAUACUACUCAUUUUGCUGGUGCUCCGCGACUGCUGGCCGAACAAAAAAAAAAAAAAAAAGAGGCCCAGCCCCAUCCCUUCCUCUUCCUCUUCCUCUCACUGCCAUCUCCCACUCUUGAAACCCUAGCUCCAGUCUCGCUCUCCCUGACCCACGACUACUGGCGGGGACGCUUCGUUCGUUACCAAGAGUCCGUAGAGAUUCCUCUGUCCUUACUGAAUAACGCCAAUAACGGGAAGAAAUGGCGGACCCACAAGCUACGACGGAGGGGCAACAGAUGAAUGGGGAUAGGACCGUCACUUUGGCCGAGACCGUCGGGGCCAAGAGGCAGAGAAGGCCCAGCGUCCGAUUAGGCGACCUCGGCGGUGACCUCACCUUCGACUCCCACGUCCGAAGGAAGCAUCAUUCCGCCUCAGGUAACCUCCAUAAAUCCUCCAAGACUCGUCCUUUGUUCAAUUUGAGCUCCGACCACCACCAAACCCUCGAGGAUAAUGACAAAAUCGACAACUUGGAUUCCGUCGCCAUUGGGAGCUGGAAAGUCAAGGACUCCAAGAAGCGUGCCUCCAAUGCCACCAAGAGGGUGCGCUCCAAUUGGGUUCCCAAGGUCACUGAUGAAGGCGGCGGCGGCAGCGGCGGCGAAGUAGAGGUGGACAAGUAUAGCGGCGGGGAGGAUUUUGACGAUGGGUAUAACGAUUUUGACAUAGAAAAUUUUGAGUCUCCCGUCAAGGAGCAGAGCUUAGUACACUCUUUGGAGAAUUUGGGUGGGGAUAGCCAUGGAAAUGAGAGGGAUGUGCUGUAUAGGAGACCUGGUAGGGGUAGGAGUAGGGACCACCAUGACGCGGUUGAGUUAUCGGGGCCCUCAGAUACCGAUUUCAGGGAUAGGGAUGGAAGGUGUGGAGAGGAUGGGGUGAAGAUUUGGCUUAAUGGGUUAGGACUAGGGAGGUAUGCACCCGUUUUCGAGGUUCAUGAAGUGGAUGACGAGGUUUUGCCUAUGUUGACGUUGGAGGAUUUGAAAGAUAUGGGGAUCAAUGCAGUCGGUUCCAGAAGGAAAAUGUACUGUGCCAUUCAGAAGCUAAGCAAGGGAUUUUCGUAAUGCCUUUUCUGUUGGUUUUGAGAAAUCCUCAGACAUGGUAAUGAACUUAGUUGUCCAUUCUGUGGUAAGGAAGUGAUCACAGGGAAGUUGGGACAAGUUUUGACUGAGGAAGCUGGUAUGAACUCUUUAUACACGAAAUGCAAGGUGUAGAACUUUGGUUAGCAGUGGCAUGCUCUGGCCACAGUUUCCAUAGUGGGGAGAGUGGCAAGAGGCUGUAAUGAGUAGGUGCGUAAGGCAUGUGAUUUUGGUUUAUUCUUUGUGGGCCAAGUGGUAAAUGAUGUUUAACUUGCACAAUUGUGUGAUCUUAUUGAUAAAUCUAUUGCUACUAACAUGUUUUGUAAUCAUUGCAUCGGAAUGCAUGUCAUUGAUUUGUUGGGAUCGGCAUCGAAUGGCAGUGGACAAAUAUAAGGGUGUGUUAACCGCUCAUUGUAUCUUCUGUUUUGGUAGGCUCAUCUUGUUAAAUGUGAAAUGGGUGGCAUCCUUGACAUUCAUAUUCGUUGCUGCUAAUCUUUUUCCAACAUUCAGCAUGAAUGUAACAUUCUGACCAGCCAAGGUGGUCUUAUUUAUGGCGAGCCUCUUUCUUGGCUCUUGUUGUAUAUUCGGACAGAGAAAUUAGAG